GUUGUGAAGGCAUUCAUGCGCACUGAGGCUUUCGCAGAGCUCAGGCAGGCGAGAGGAGAGUUUAACUGGAGAAAGGGAGAAGGAAAAGAAGAAGAAGAAAAAAUAAAGGAUUCACUUUGUUACUGGAUUGUUAGCUUCAGUGGAUGUUAUCUUAUUGGUUUUGGCACCAGGUUUCCAAGACUGCGGGUCUUUUGUUCCCGCUCGUCAUUGAACAAGAUACUCUGAGGCUGGCUGUUUUAAUGUGGCACAGUGCUGAUCCCACGGGAAGAUGACGGAAGAGGUGAUAGUAAUUGCCAAGUUUGACUAUGUGGCCCAGCAGGAGCAAGAGCUGGACAUAAAGAAGAACGAGCGAUUGUGGCUGUUGGAUGACUCCAAAUCAUGGUGGCGAGUUCGCAACUCCACGAACAAAACUGGCUUCGUACCUUCAAAUUAUGUGGAAAGGAAAAACAGUGCCAGGAAAGCUUCUAUUGUGAAAAACCUGAAGGAUACAUUGGGAAUUGGAAAAGUGAAACGGAAACCAAGCAUUCGAGACACAGCGUCCAAUGCAGAUACUGAUGGUUAUGCUGACAAUGGCGAACGCCUCUAUGACUUGAAUGCUCCUGCUUAUGUGAAAUUCAACUACACAGCAGAGAGAGAUGAUGAGCUUUCCUUGGUUAAAGGGACCAAAGUUACCGUCAUGGAAAAAUGCAGCGAUGGAUGGUGGAGAGGUGGUUACAAUGGACAAAGUGGUUGGUUUCCUUCAAAUUAUGUUAUGGAGGAACCAGAGGGCACUACUGUCGAACCUGUGGGCUCAUUAACAGAGAGACUAGCAGUUGUAAUCAAUGCACACAAUGCUAAAGUUCUGCAUGUGGUGCAGGCUCUGUAUCCAUUCAGCUCUUCAAAUGAGGAGGAGCUUAAUUUCGAGAAGGGCGAGGUGAUGGAUGUAAUUGAAAAACCAGAAAAUGAUCCAGAAUGGUGGAAGUGCAGGAAAGCUGAUGGUCAAGUAGGGCUGGUACCGAAGAACUAUGUGAAUAUUGUCCCAACAUCACCACCAGUCAACAGUAUUGGUCCAACGCCACCUCAAUGUGACUACAUAGGAGCAGCAACUACUGGCAGGUUUGCCGGUAGCCCCUGGUAUUAUGGAAAAAUUACAAGGCAUCAAGGAGAAAUGGCUCUGAAUGAACGAGGCGUCGAUGGAGAUUUUAUAAUUCGAGACAGCGAGUCAUCACCCAAUGACUUCUCUGUGUCCUUGAAGGCCCAAAAUAAAAAUAAGCACUUCAAGGUGCAGUUGAAGCAAGGCCUCUACUGCAUUGGACAACGAAAGUUUGACAGCAUGGAAGAUUUAGUGGAACAUUACAAAAAGGCGCCAAUUUUCACAAGUGACCUUGGAGAUAAAUUGUUUUUGGUUAAGCCUUUAUCUUAAUGGAGAAGGGAAAGAACUUGCAGUUAAUUAAAAAAACUAAACAACGGAGGCAAGGAAAAUCAACAAUUGAGAUUUGACGGCAAUAAUGACCUAAAACAGAUCAGCUUUUAUAUUUUUCAAUUUUAACGAUUGUCCCAGUUGGAUCGUACUGCUGUUUAAUUUUCAAUAGCUUUUAUUGUCUGUAAAUUUUUUUGUGCCUUGCUUUAGUAGAAUUGCUUCUUGUGAAUAUACUGCCUACACUUGUCAUUUUAUCAACGGUUGCUUCCAAUUUCUCCAGUGAUCUUAAAUCUUUUUGUAUUCCACCUGCUAAAUGGCAGUAAGAUGUUUAAUUCACAUUGCAGACCUUUGAUUAUUUCUGCGCUUUAGAACUUUGACUAGAUUGUAAUGUGUUUUGAGAUGUGAGCUUUUGUGCGUUGUGCAGUUGGAAAACUCACUUGCCUUUUCUCAAUUAUUUACAAGUCAUAUCAAUCAGCUGUGGUUUAAUUGGGUUGGAAUUAUUUUAGGUGCAAGCUGCAUCAAAAUAAAUGCUAUAAAAUGUGGACAUACCAGAUUUUGCCUUACAAUAUUUCAAGCCAAAGGCUGGGUAUAACUAUAAUGAUUGGUUAUAGUUAAAUCACACUUUGGUAGGUCCUGCAUUGGCGUGUGGCUUCAAACAUACCUUUUAAAUGUUUAAAAUUUCUACGUAUCUUCUAGGUUGUUUGCAACAGGACUGCUUUGAAUUGUUCUGCCAUGGUUGAUUGCAGGCUUAAUUUCAAAGUUUUCUUUUAUAAUUCAGGAUGCAGGUUUGGGAUAGCAAGGAUACACAAUGUAUUGUGCUAUUAAUUCUGUCAUAGUUGUAGGCAAUAAUUCCUUUUAUGAGAUAUUCCACUGUCACUGAUUAUAGCAAUUUUUUGUUUGUCACAAAUGUGUGCAUUUGCUUUACUAUAGAUCCCUGCACCUAUAAUUGAAAAUAGGCCACUAUAUGUUGUGCAUCCUGGUAAAUGCAGGUAAACUGUUGUAUUGUAAGGAGAGGUGAACACAGGCAAUUACUCAGACAUGAAUAAGAUAACACGUAACUUGUGUACUACACAGAUCACUUUAUAGCAUCACUCGAAAAACUGUGUCUGAGUUGUCAGAAAUUUGAAUGAUUAUUUAUCUUUAAUUUAUAUUUUAAGGUCAUCCCAUGGUUAUCAGAUUCAUUCAAAGCAGCAAUAUGUAUUUGUACUGUUUUAAGAUGUCAUUAAUGCAGGAAGUUAUACCCAAGCAUCGAGGAGAAAAAUGUUGUAGUUUGUCCUGUGUAAAGUAAAGACCAGAGGUCAGAAUCGUGUGGGAAAUAGAGAUAAAAAUAAAUGAUAUAGCAGCAUAUGCUCACGCUAAUUUCUAAUCGAAUUCAGUGCUUCUCUGAUAAAGAUAAUUCAAGGAAACCCCUAAUGAGAGAUGUUGGAUCAUAUUUUUAUAUAUUGAAUUUUAGUCAACCCAAGGGGUUCUGAGCCCUGGUCCUUUGAUGUUCAUUAAUGUUGUAAUCCUGUAGAAUAAAAAAGUUGUUAAGUAUAAACUGGUGUUUGGGUAUAUAAACUCAAAACCAAUCGCAUAUUGUUUCUAAUCCACUGUUUUUGUAUUGAAAUUAUCAUAUGCAUAUAUCCCUCUUUAGUGUUGACAAUAACUGUAAAGAAAGCAUAAGAUACUGUGAAGUCAAUUUUUUUUUUUUUUUUUGCUGUUUAGUGCAGCAAAUAUCCUACAUGCUUUUAGCAACUUAUUUCCAAGUAUGAUUUGUGUUCGGUUAUUAUAAAAUCCAAUAAAGUUUCUAAGUCAUCUCCUAA